AUGGACAGAGCCUCAUCCAGCUCCGCUGGAGCGACUCCUCCCGACCUGGACGGGCUUCUAGAUGACCUGGCAAUUUCGAGAACAAUCCUCGCCUCCCUCCAAGAAGGUCCGCAAGAUAACGACAGCGCAAGACAGAUUGCAGAGGCGAAGAAAGAGGUCGCUCGAUUGCAGAAAGAUAUUAGCAGGGCUCGAGGCAACGCUCAAGGUCACACACAUCCGGCGCCACCCACCCUCGUCGCUCGCACAUUUUCUGACCUCGGAGCAGGCUCGAAGAGGGCGCCCAACUCCAACAUGCAGUGGUAUCGGCCAGAGGACUAUGCUGGCCCAACUUCUUACUCGAACUCCGAGAACCUCACGCCUGCCAGCGCCUCGCCUUCUGUCUUCGGUCAGAAGAAGCGGGCCUUCGGCGCACAUCUCGACGACGAUGCUUCCUCCAGCUCCCGUGUCAAGUCUCGAAGGACGACUCCAAGUCCUCAGCACACCGCGAUUACUACUCCGUCUGUGGGAGAUGACUUCUGGGCGGACGAUGCUUCGAUCAUCGACCUGACUGGUGAUGACACCGAUAUCGAGCAGCUUUUCGAGCAGCAGAAGGCAGCUUUUGCGCAAGUCGAGCAGGCCAGGGAGGAUGAGAGAUUGGCAAGAUCACUCCAGCAGUCGGGUUCUUCGCCUGCGUCCCCAGCACCUACUGGGCCUACUGCCUUCGACAGAAUCCUGGGUCGUCCAUCGCAGGCAUCGCAGGCAUCGCAGGCAUCGCAGGCAUCGCAAACAUCGCAGGGCCAACCUCAGCUCCCGUCUUCCCAGGGACGCGAUCCAUUCGCUCAGGCCAACAACAACACCAUGUAUUCAGCUGGACCAAGUCAACCAGUACAGCCCCGCAUGCCAGGCUCUUUCGAUUUUGACGACGAUUAUGACUACUUUGAUCCUCCGGCACAUAGUGUACCCUCCCAGUCCAUUGGCGCGUACGGCGCGCCGACCUAUGGUUCAUCCCACGCAAAUCUGCCGACUAGGGGUCCGCCCAAUACGGGAUUUCCGACUAUGGGUGUGUCUCCCUUUUCCAAUCCCUUGCCCGGCAUCAACUAUGCGCCAAACACUUCAGCCGCAGAGCUGGCAAGGCAGGCCACUCUUGCCCGUCACCAAGGCUAUCUUCCUUCGAGCGGAUACGGAACCACGGCCAAUAGUGUUAUUCUGCCUGGUUUCAAUUCUGCUAACGGGUUCGCAGGUUACGCUGGUGAUGUUUCCCCAAUGGCAUCACUGGCUGCUCCGUCGACACAGGUUCCCAAUGGAGGAGGGUUUUUGUCUGAUAUCAUCAACUUGACCAACGACAUUGACUGGGCCAAUGGUCUCGACGCUUUGGGCAAUCCGCUCAGUGCCAAUCUGAGGUCUUACUACGAAGAUCUGCACGAUGAUCCCAGAAAAACUGCCGAGGAGAUCAAGGACCUUCUUGCCAACAUCCGACCUGACGAGGACAUCCCCGAGGAAGACCGCAUUGGUACCCCUGAGGCGCUCAGGUAUGCCUUAUAUGCGCAUCAACAACUUGCUCUCCAAUGGAUGAUGGAUAGUGAGACGGGCAAGAACCAGGGUGGCAUUCUGGCCGAUGAUAUGGGGUUGGGUAAGACACUGUCAGCGCUUGCUUUGAUGGUGAGCCGUCCCUCGUCUGAUAGGAUCAAGACGAACCUUAUCGUGGGACCCGUCGCUCUGCUCAAGCAGUGGGAAAUUGAGAUAAAGAAGAAGCUCAAGCCGGCCCAUCGUUUGAGCGUCCUGCUGCUACACAAUAAAUCGGCCAAAUACGAAGACAUCCGUAAUUACGACGUAGUCCUGACGUCGUAUGGCAAAGUCGGCGCCGAGCAGAAACGCUUCGAGAAGUGGGUGGAGCAUCACCCCGGAGCCAGACCUGAGCGUGACGCAGAUCUGGCGAAGAGCUGCCCGCUUCUCCAUCCGAAUAGCAAAUUCUAUCGAGUAAUCCUUGACGAGGCUCAGUGCAUCAAGAACGAUAAGACCCUGCAGGCAAGAGGUUCAUGCUCUUUGAGAGCCACCUAUCGUUGGUGUUUGACCGGGACCCCAAUGAUGAACGGUAUACAUGAGCUGUUUUCUCUAAUCAAGUUUUUGAAAAUCAAGCCGUACCAUGAACAGAAGGAAUUCAACAAGACCUUUGGCAGCCUGACGCCCCGGACUAGUCGAGGUCGUUCUGCCGGAGAGUAUACAAAGACGAAGGCUAUGGAUGCUCUUCGUGUCCUACUCAAGGCUAUCAUGCUCCGACGAAUGAAGACUUCCACGCUUGACGGGAAGCCACUUGUGACGCUCCCUCCAAAAACGGAGGAAAUCUCGCACGUGGAGUUCUCGGAAGAUGAGCGGCAGUUCUACAAUGACUUGGAAUCAAAGACCAGGAUCACGUUCAACAAAUACCUUCGCGCAGGCACGGUCGGGAAGAACUACAGCAACAUCCUGGUGCUGCUCCUGCGUCUUCGCCAAGCUUGCUGUCAUCCUCACCUGAAUCUAGAUGUAGAAUAUGUGGGCAACAACGAGGUCUCCGAACAGGACAUGAAUGCACUAGCCAGAACCCUGGCACCCGACGUGGUUGCCCGUCUCAAGGCACAGAACGAGGAAGGCUUCAAGUGCCCCAUAUGCCUUGAUGCCGUCAUCGAUCCAACGAUCGUUCUGCCAUGUGGACACAACACCUGUGCAGAAUGCUUCACCACACUUGCCGAGAGGGCUGUCGACAACAACAUCCGGGCUGGCGAGGAAGGUAGCACAUUCAGAUGCCCAGAAUGCCGCGGAUCUGUCGACCCGAAAAAGGUCAUCAACUUGACCUCAUUCAAAGAAGUUCACAUGCCCGAAUCGACGGCUGUGAAUGAGGAUGAAAUCGAGACUGCCUCAGAGGGAAGUGCCACGGCAGACGACGACUCCUCCGAGUCUGAUUCGGACUCUGAUGACGAUAAUGAUGACGAUGAUGAUGAGGUCGACCGCAAUGGCAACUUGAAGGACUUCAUCGUUGAUAACGAUGACGAGGAAGAACCUGCCGAGGGUAGUGAUGAUGACGAUGACCUUUCCAUCAAUCGACGUGCCAAGGUCGUUGCGAAGAAGCCCAGGAAGAGCAAGAAGUCGAAGCGCAAAUCCGAGGGCAGAAGCAAGGGCAAAGGUAAAGAGAAGCAGGAGGAGGUCAAACCUCACAUGCUCAAGACCUUGCGAACUGAGGCUAGGAAGAACAAAUCCGAGUACAAGCGGUACAUGAAGUACUUGAGAAAGAACUGGAUGCCAUCGGCCAAGGUCUCAGAAUGCUGCAAAAUCCUGGAGAACAUUCGAGAGAGUGGGGACAAGACUAUCGUCUUCUCGCAAUUCACAUUUCUGCUCGACUUGCUCGAGAUCCCAAUCAAGUACGAGCUUGGCCUCAAAUACUGCAGAUACGACGGAGGUAUGUCGCGUGCCCAUCGGGACGCUGCUGCUCAGGAUUUCCAGGACCCAAACUCUCGCACGAAGGUCAUGCUCGUGUCUCUGAAAGCAGGAAACGCGGGCCUCAACCUUACUGCUGCGAACCAUGUCAUUGUCAUGGAUCCCUUCUGGAAUCCGUACAUUGAGAUGCAAGCUGUGGACCGCGCCUAUCGCAUAGGCCAACAGAAACCUGUCAAGGUUCAUCGCCUGCUGGUCGAGGGAACCGUGGAGGACCGAAUCGCCGACCUCCAAGAGCAGAAGCGUAGGUUUGUUGACGCUGCUCUGGAUGAGGGCGAAAGCAAGAAUCUGGGCAGGCUUUCGACUCGCGACCUACAACGCCUCUUCAACGGAGACUAG